UAUGUCUAAUUGUCGUUCUUUGGUUCAGAUCAUCUUAAAUUUAAUAUGAGGAUUAUAUUUGACAGCUUUACUCAUUUAUAUUUAAUAUUUCCAGCAAUCAAUCUUAUGGCCCGGUCCAAUCGAGCCAUGGAUGAGUUACUGGCAGAAAUGACGAGUGCAACGGAAGACGAUGGACAGGCGUCGGGUGCGACGAAUAGCGCGAAGGUGGCUGCCCGCGAGCGCGCUCACCUGAGCACGAGAGCGGGCACUCUUGUCUCGAUCGAUCCCCACUCAACAAGCUGCCGCCUACGCCUGCAGCCGCGGCCGCCGCCGCCCAAGCGGCGCCACAAGGGGCCAAAUCCGCCCGCCCCUUGACGCUCGCACGCCACGAAUGGUUGAAAACUCUUGUACUAGACUGGAGCGUUGCGUUCUUCUUGACAUUAUUGAAAUACAUCUGCCUCUUCAAAAGUUUGUUUGUAUUUGGAAUAUUUUCAAAUUGUUUCUGUUGCAUAAUCAAUAAAUUUAAUAAUAGUUUAUUCUUUUAUUAUAACUUUUUGGAAUAAUAAAACGCAUAUUUUCGAAUACGAUAUCUUAUUUGUAAUAAACUUUUCUUGUAUUAAAAAAAUUGUGCAAAAUUCAGGCACAUACUCCAUCAGAUUUGAAAUGAGCGGCAUCUCAGGAUACGCUCAGGAAUUCCUUCAUAGAGAAUACAUUGUUUGACAGGUUUAAAAAUAUAAUACAUUCAGGGGGACAUUACUUGCAUUCUUAUAAUAUGAAAAUAUUUUGCAUUUUUCAGUACCUUUUUUUGAUAAAUUAAAUGAGAUAAAUAAUAUAAGCGUAUCUACUUUGAAGUAUAUUGUCAACGAAUAUUUUACUAAGAAAACAAAAGAAAAUUUAAAAUAUAAAUACAAUUUCUUAAGAGUAUUUUAGUCCGCACAAUAUACUUAAUUAUUAAUCGCUACAAUUGUGUAUUGACAAAUUAACUUGUUAGCCCUGAAGAUGAGUGUUGAACGCACCCAACAUGGGCUAUGUGUGUGCCAUGGGUGUUUUGUUAGUAUUGAUGCAAGCUGUGACGUUUCGCGUGACAAUAGUACAGUAAAUUAAUGUUGAUGUGUUGCGACAGCAGUUUUGACGAAUUGAUUGUGAUUGUUAAUAUGUAAAAGCAUCUUUGGACAUGAUGUUUAAAAAACUUGAGUGUGUGAAUUAGGUUAACCUUAAAGUAAUUCGAACUUCUAAUUGAGAAGUGUCUUCGAAAUAAAGAGACGCUUUCAUCUUAUUUAAAUGAGACAUGAAUGUAAAUGAUGUGGACAUGAAUGGUGAGGCCAGUGGAAGUAAUACUGAUCAAGCUACAGAAAGAAUAUCCAACAAUCCUGCGUGUAAUGACUGUGGCAAACACUUCGGCAUCGCAGUGGGCGGUGCUCGUCCGAAAGUGAGACAUUUAGUGAGUAAUAUACCAAAUGGUAUCGCUCACAUUUCCGACGAUGAAGCAGCAAAAGUGAACAAUAACGUUGUCAAUAAGAUAUGUGAUGAAGGAGGUGAUAAAACUAAUCCUAAUAAUGAUGUGCCAAUUAAUACUAUACAUAAUGGUUUGAAUUCAAAUUGUUCAAACAGUGUAGAUCAAGAUCUGAACGUUGAUUCCGUAUUAAGAAAUAAUGUCAACUGUCAUGCAGCUGUGGACAAGUGUCCAUUAUCGUCAAGACCCUGUUCAAUGAAAGGUAAUGGCACAGACAGUCUUCCGACUGGGAGUUAUGGAAACUAUGCUGAAAGAGAUGAGCCAGAAGAUCUGAAUCUCAGGAGGAAUAGUUCCAGUUCAAGUGACACUGGGAAUGAAGGAGAAGAUGGGCUGUCAGCUGAUGAAUGUUGUAUUUAUACAUAUAAAGGUGAUCAGAUGGCAGAUUUACCCAGUUCAUUUUUUAGGUUAGAUGUGUUGGCAGGUGGAGAACAAGCAGAGGCAGCUGACGCUGUGCGGAAUAGGCUCGAAGGGGAGGAUGGUGGUCGCCAAAGUAGAAGCUCAUCACCUGAAAUGGACUUCUUAGAAAUGGAUUUUGAUCCUGGUCCUUCAUGUGAUCAAGAUUCAGAAGAAGAAUCAGAUCAUGGGGAACUUCAGGAAGAAGCAGCAGCAUAUUCUAACCAUUCAGAGAAUCUUCUACCAGAGCCUGAACCCGAGAGUUGUAAUAAACAAGAAGCAAGAAAUGAUCUGAAUGCAGCUGCAGGGUCUAACAACAAUAGUCUUGACAAUGCUUCUCCAUCUCCAAGUCCUUUGUCUCCUGAGGAGCAGAACAUAUCAGUUGAAGCAUCUUGUAGCACAAAUCAAGAUCCAUCAUCAUCAUGGUCAGUCACCAAUAAUUGCAGCAAUGAAGGUGCUGUAGGAAAUUCACUUUUGCACCGCACUCCUGCUAAUUGCUGGCCAUAUCGAGAUGCAUGGGGGCACCAUUGCUCCAGUGGUGAUUUGUGUUCCCCCUGUGGGGAAGGGGAAGAACAGUGUUGGAGUGACACACUUGCUUUAUGGAAUUCGGGUACUUUAAAAAUGCAAGCAGAAGGGCUUCUAGAUAUGAGGACAUACAAUCUCCAUUCUGCACUUUAUCACUGUAUAAUGGCCAAAAGGCUUGUCCUUGACAAGCAAGCUUCACUCAAUGAAAUUGAUGAAAAUACAGAAUGCAAAUUUGAAGACAAUUCUGAUGAUGUAAAAUCACCAGUAGAAAGAGUCAUGAUUUGGUCUGAACAGGAAGCAUGUGUGAAACAAGUUACACAAAUCUCCACAUCUGCAUGUGGAGCUACAGCAGUAAUUAAUGUCUUGCUGGCAUUAAAUAUUACAUUUUCACUGGAUAAAUUGAAAGAGAGUGUAGGUACGAGGCUGAGAGCAGACACAGCACCAUUGCCUCAGUACUUAUUUUCUCGAUCUGUAGCAGGAGCAACACAUAUUGAUAUCAUAAGAGGUCUGCAACAAGCCUCUGAAGGAACUUUGUAUGCUCGUUUUUUUCAUAUGUUUCCUGACAGAGUUGUUUCUCUGACACGCUGGCUGGCAUAUUGGAUGAAAAAAGGUGCAAUUCCUAUUGCGACUUUGAAUCUGCAGAAUGGAAUUGGACCUGGCAAUACAGUGCCUGAUGCUUGGCAUCAUCAAAUGGUGUUUGGUGUAGGACCUCGUGGGAUUUAUUUGACAAAUCCUGUUGAAUGUGUGAGUGAAGCUGCGUUAUGGCCACAGUUAUGCAGCCCAUCUGUUUUGCUUGUUAAACGAAAUGAUGUGCUUUCGAGGUGGAAUGAGCAUACAAAUUUGAGGUUGCUAAUGUCUCAUCCAGAUAACAGAUGGAAGAAAAUGAAUGUGUUAGGUCAAGUGGUGAACGUAAUCAGGGAAUCCAUGUGCUCGCGCAUCCAGACUCAAGGCAGAGUAAUAACUCAGCAUGUUGCCAUUCCUGCAUCAUAUUGUUCAGGCAUUACUUUGGCUAUUAGCAGGGAAGCUCCUGGAUACGAAGAGUUGCAAUCUGCACUUGAACUGCCAUUAUUGUAACAAAAAUAAUUAACUCAUUAUUAUGACUGAGACUUUCAUAUUGAGAUACAAAAGAUCAGAGAUAAUUUUAACAUUUUAUCCAGUGCAUUCUCUGGAAUGAAAAUUUAUUUCACUCCUUUUGUUUUGUCUUAGUUGUCCAACUGCCAUUUGUGAAUAGGCUGACUAUACUUUGUUUAGUGUGGAAGAAAGCAUUGUAAUGCUCUAUUCCUUAUGUAUAUAUAAAUAUGCCAUGUGCACAUUAUGUAUAUAUGCAUGUAUCAUAUACCUAGUAUAUGGCUAUUAAGUAAAGAAAACCAGUGUAACAACUAUAAAAAUUAUUCUCGUUCAGAGAGACGAGUGAAAUGUCAAAUAUAGUUUUUCUCACUUACCAAGUGUUCUUUACUUAAAUCAAUGAUAAUAGUUCUAGAGAAUCAUAUGUGUAAUUUUUUCACAACACACAAUUCUGUGAACCCUUUCUUACCUAUUUUUUGUAAAGUGAUUUCAUCCUUGAAAGGGGUAUACCAAAUCAGCAUACUUAUGUCACUUCUUUUUUGGAGAGGGGCCAGCAUUGUGUACAGAAGCAUUGCUUGGAGAUCGGUGGGUUUGCAGAGGUUCCUCCCCAUCAAAUGUAGCAUCAUGUCCAGGUGGUUUGAUAACCUGGGCUUUUAGUGCUUCCUUUGUAACCAGUGGUACAGUUUUAGGUUGUGAAGAUUCGGAUGCUGCACGUUCUCGAGUUUCAGGCUGUGAAGUAACGUGAUCCUGUUGGGUAUAUGUGGUAAAAUCAAACGAAGUAUGUGAAGAUGUUCUCAUUAAAAAUACAGAUUAUCAGAGAGUAUAAAAAUUGGGCUUGCUUUCUAUUAAUUUUCUAUAUAUGUGCAAAAUUUGUAAUUACAUUCUGCAAUAAUUGAAGUUGUUAAAUCCUUUCAAGGAAGAAACAUCAUAAAUGAGUUAAUAUAACUGAUAAAUUAAUAUUUGCUGAUAAAUUAAUUGAGCGACCCUUUUUACCUACACAGUGAUUUUAUUUAACUGAAAAUACAUUGAAAUUGAUUUAGAAGAACACAUCCUUAAUUCCAGAUAUGCCCUUUCAAGUGUCUAAAUGGUAUUUUAACCAACCAAGGUAGACUAGAAAAUUUAAUGUGAAUUCACUGUGAAAUUUCACUUCCUUCAACUCCAAAUUGUUUUAUGAUGAAGGAUUUCUAAGAAGCAAUGACUCUGUAAAGUGAUUAAUUUAGAAUAUAGUAUAAAAAUUUAAAAAUAAACAGGGCAGAAUUAUCCUAUUUCCUGUCAAUGUUUAAAACUUCUCAUGAAGAUUAAUUGAAGAUGUUGUUGAAGUAAAAGGAUGCAUAUUAGAAAGAUGAAGUGUUAUACUUGUCGUAUUUUCCUUUGUGCCAAGUAAAAUCUGAAGCCAAACUGCCAUUUCUUAACUUUUUUAAUGUUUCUUUGAAUGGGUUUUGUUUGAUUAUUUUACCUUUGUGUCUACUAUGAAACACACUUAAGUUAACCAAAAUAUGCUAAAUUGUGUAACAAUUUGUGAAAAUGAUUCACAAAACUGUUUAUUUUCAUUUCUUUUUGAAGUCAUCCUCCAUGGUUCCUAGAAAUGAAUUUGAACUUCCUUUUCUUUUUACUGGCUUCAUAUGGUUUAUCAAGUUCAAACAUCUCAAAUUAAAAUUACUAGAUUUUUCCAGUCAUGUGUUUUUAUUUUAUUAAUUCAUAAUUUUAUGCACUUAAUUUAAUUCAUUUUUAUUCAAGGCUCUUAGAAAUUAUGCAGCUUUCAUUAACAUUGAUCAGCCUCACUUUGUAUAAGUAAACAGUUAUCCAACAAUUUUACUGAAAAGAAUAUUCACUGAUUUUCAAGAAUCGAUAAAUAUUUUAUAUUUUACCGAUACGUUAUAGUCUUCCAUAUGGAGCUUGAUAUAAACUACAUAACUUACCUGAAUCGAGAGGAAUGUGGUUCCAAGGGAAAUAUGAAAACAGUGGAAUGAUGCUAUAUGAUCUCUUACGAAGAAAAAUAUGAAAAUUAAGAUUUACAAACUGAGUCAAGUUAACAUUUAGAUAAUGAAUAAAUAAAUCUGAAUCAUUAAAAGUAGGUAAAAAUAAAAUCAUGUUUGUACUACAGGAUUCAAUGAUUAUGAUCACUUGGGCAUCAGAGUGAUCUUGGGCUUUUUGUCACCUAGGAUAAUGAGAACUCUUGUAAUGCUCUUGAGCAUAAAUAACUAUUACUUUUGAAAUAUGAGCUGUAAGUUGUGUAAGAAGAGUAUGGGAGGUCAGAUGUGAAAUCAUCAUAACCAGAUAUUUCUUUCAAUUGUGCGUCAUAACUGCUUUUAUUUUCCACUUGAAAUCUUGAAUACUUUUUAUUGCAACAAGAAAAAAAUGAUUUUAAUUGGUUUCUGACCUUAAUUUAAAAUAAAGAUCAUAUCCAAUCGAGACUUCUCCAAACUUUAUUUUUAUAGUUAUUUUAUGUGUUAAGUAUUUUUGUGGGUUAAAUACACCUUUAUUCAUAUUGUUCUUGGUGCUGCCUGAUGGAUCAAGAAAAAAAAUUAAAUUCAAGAAAUUUUCGUUCCUGAGGAAAUGGUAAAUCCUUCUUCUACAUUACAUUUCUUUUGGUCCAAGAUAUUAUUAGUGAUUAAUUUUUGUCCCUGGAACUUUAUCUAACUACAUUUCUUGUAGACAAUGAAUUUUCAGUGAAUUAGUAUAGAAAUAUUUGGUCUUCGUUUAAAAGUUAUUGGAAAAACACUUAGAUAUCUAACAGACAGGGCAGCCAUCCUGGGCACCCAGUUGAGGGAAAUUGUCAAAUAUCAUACUUAGUGGAUCUGAACAUUACAUAAAUAGUUCAUGAUUUUCUGGUUAUGAUUGUUAACUCACAUUAUGUGGAAUCUUAUUUGUUUACAGUUGAAGGGUGCUUACUAUACCAACUGAUCCAAGUGUGAAACUGUUUAACUUUGCCAAUAGUUUGCUUAGAACCAAAAAUUAACUUAAAUGUUAAUGAGAUCAUCUAUACUGUUCGUUAUUCAUAUCUUUCCCAAAAUAUGUCUCUCUCCUGUAUCAUGUUAAGCAUUAACUGUUGUGUAGGUGUGGAACAUUAAAGGGAACAUAUUGGGCCACUGUGUGUUAUAGUGGCUUUGAAUUGGUUUUAAAUUUUUGUACCAAUAAAGAGUUAUACCUACUUACUAUGAUUCUUAUGGUGGCACUCUUAUAGUAGAGUUCAAACCUAAUGGCUGAAGGAAAAAAAAUUGAUAAAAUCCACAUACGUGUGUAGAUUGCCUGUUAUCACUUGAAGAAGAAAGGAUCCAAGGAUCAUUGCGAAUGGCAUUCAUGCGUAAUCGACUUCUCACAGGAGCCAGGAUACGUGUAAUGAGGGACUUGCAUGCAGCGGAUACUCGAGGUUCUUUUGGGAAGGUCACUUUAUUUUGCACUUGCUGAAGCGAACACAAAUAAGUGUUUUACUGAUUUUGUUAUAGAUACACCACGAAGCAGUGAUCUAGCAUGGAUAAAAUUAUGUCAAACACUUCAGUUGAUAUUUUCCUGGAGGAAUAAUGAAGAAAAUUGCUAAUAAUCAAACAUUGUUAUGUGCCUAACUUGUUAGUCAUUAUGUUUUCAUUUUGCGGUGCCUGUCAACUGUUCAAUGAAUAAACAAACCAUCACAAAGAGAACUUUUAAUUUGGAACAAGUGGGACAAAGCUUAUUUUGUAAAAUAGUGUAAAUAAUAUUUGAUAAUGUAGAGCGGGAAGAAAUGAAAAAAAGAGUUUCCGACAUCAAGAAAGUAAGAUUAUUUUAGAAUUUCAAUCACUUGUGUGGUAUUUCUCCAGAAAAAUUGUAUUUAAAAAAUGAACAUAAAUAAAUACCUUCAAAAGGUUGUUAUAAUUUGAAUCAUCAAACGGCAAUCGUCCAUAGACAAUUGCAUACAAAACGACACCCAUGGACCAUAUGUC